AAAGAAAAACACAAAAUGAGUUUUCUCUGUCCUCUCAAACUUCAACUCACACCUGCUCUUCAUCUCCUUCCUCCGGAAUUGUUAUUCCUCCUCCUCUUAAAAGUUAAAACCCUAACUACUCUCCUCCAACAAAACCACCAGCUGCUUGUUAAUCACCACCACUAGUCGGCUGCGCCACCUUCCAUCGUGGGUUGUAAUUUGGGGACUUCCGAGUUCCGACCACCUCUCCUCUUCCGUUGCUAUUCUUGGUGUUGACGACAGUCAUUUCAAAGGUAUGCUGAAUGAGGCUUAUUCAAUCAAUUUUACUUACUCUUCACGGACAAAAGCUUCUAAACUAAGUUGACAUAGUAAGUUCUGCAAAUGGAAUGGCCCAGUGGCCCUGCAACCAGUCCCUGCGUUCCUGCUGCAAGGAAAAAGAGAAGUAACUUCCAUCGAAGACCUCAUCCUGAUCCAAAGACGAUUGCCAGUUUCCUUAAUGUUUUCACUGUCCCUAGCUCACCUGCAGAGUAUGAAGCUAUUAGCUUACAUUGCUCAAAUGUCAACUUAAGGAUUGGGACUAGUUCUGAAAGCUACUGUUCUCCUAGUGAUCACAACAGGUCUGAUAUAAACAAGCUGAAAAAAGUGAAACUAAAGCUUGGUGGUAUCACCCAUACAAUUCACACAAAACCCACAACAGAGAUUGCAUUUGAUUCUCGUGAUGUCUCUGGUGCUCAUCUAAAACAGGACUUCCCCGAGAACAGUGUUCUUGAUGUAAAAGAGAACUUUUCAAGGAGGCACGUGGAUCAUAAGAGCAAGCGAGCUACCAAGAAAUUUGAUUUGGAUGAGGGAUUCGAUGAUGACGAUGAUGAGGAAAUUCGUUACCUAAAGAAACUCAGAGCUUCUAAGGCUUCUUCUGGCUAUGUAGACAGGCAAGAGGAGAAUGGCAAGAAAAGUAAAGGGAUUGUCACUCUUAUGGGUCUUGAUUAUAGUGAUACAAAAGAUGGUAAAAGGAAGUCAAGAAUUAAAGAGGAUAAUGAUUUCGAAAUGGAGUUGACAUCCGACGAUGAACUCAAAAGCAAGAGGAAAAGGCUUACAGGAGAUUUAGUUGAUCCUACCGGCCGAGAGUUGACCAUAAAAACACGUAAACGAGCGCUUGAGUGCCCUGAAUCUGGCGGCCUGGUGGAGUACCCAAAUGGUUUACCCAGUGCCCCAUCCAAAAAGCAACAGCUGUCUGAAGUGGAGCAACAAGUGAGGAAGGCUGAGGUUGCACAAAGACGGCGUGUCCAGGCUGAGAAGGCAGCUAAAGAAGCUGAGGCUGAAGCAAUCAGAAGAAUUCUUGGGCAAGACUCUAAUCGGAAGAAGGGAGAGAAGCUGAAGAAGCAACAGGAUGAACUGGCUCAGGAGAGGCUUGGUAAGGUUUCAGAACUUGGACCAAACACAAUUAGAUGGAUCAUGGGUCCACAUGGUACAGUGGUUACUUUCUCUGAAGAUAUGGGGCUACCAAAGAUACUGGAUCCCCUGCCUUGCAGAUAUCCUCCACCGCGUGAGAAAUGUGUAGGACCAAAUUGUACUAAUGAAUACAAGUAUCGGGAUUCAAAGUCGAAACUCCCUCUGUGCAGCUUGCAUUGCUACAAAGCAGUGAGAGGGAAUGUGGACCUUCUGCCUGCUUGCUGAUCUUAACACUGUUAGCGCCCUUUUUGUCCAGGAUGACCUCAUUUUACUGUAAAUGAUGUUCAUAGUAAUCUGACCUCGGUAGUCUUCCCGGAAGCAACAACUUCGGAAAUUAAUUAUGUAUCUAGAAUUCUAGAUUAGCUUAGAUUAGAACUUGUGGCAAGAUGGUGUAGGAGCUAGAAAUCAGGAAGAUGAUUUUUGGCCAGUGUAACCUGAAAUUCUAUUGCAUUGUAACCAGUUAACUGCCUGCUGUAUCAAGUGACUUUAGCUUUGUGUAAGUUGUCUAUUAGCUGAAAUGAAAUGAGAAUGUGUAUUUCAGACUAA